AUGCUGGAUCGUCAGCGCAUCGCGCCGCCCUACAUCUCCGCUACGGGCGCCACGACGCGCAUCAAGGAGGAGCUUAAUAGGCUCGACAUACUUCACAAGUUCUUUCUCGUGGCUCGGGACAACGCUCUUUCUGUUCGCAGUCUCAACAUCGAUCGCCCGAUUCGGGUCUUGGACCUGGGGACUGGAACAGGCAUCUGGGCGAUCAACGUUUGCGAAGAAACCGAGAAAAUUCCUGAGGUUAUGGCGGUCGACCUCAAUCGAAUCCAACCAGCAUUCAUCCCUCUCGGCAUGAAAGUCGUCCAGUUCGAUAUCGAGGACCCUUCCUGGAACGACCUCCUGUGGCACUGCGAUCUCGUUCAUCUGAGGGCACUCUUGGGCAGUGUUCACAAUUCGUGUUGGCUAGCCGUAUACCGAAACAUUUUUCAGCAUUUGACGCCUGGAACGGGCUAUCUCGAGCAGGUCGAGAUUGACUGGUCCCCUCGGUGGGACGACAACAGCGAGGCGCCUCCGAACUCAGCGCUCAAGGAGUGGGCCGAUAGGCUUCUCGCGGCCUUGGAUCUUUGCAACCGGAGCGCAAGAGUCGUGCCGCGGGAGGCCCAGCGAAUGAUUGAAGAAGCUGGCUUCGUCGACUUCGAACAGCGGACGAUCCGGUGCUACGUGAACCCCUGGUCCCCCGACCAGAAAGAGCGAGAAGCAGCCAAGUGGUUCAACUUGGGCCUUAGGCAAUCCCUGGAAGCCAUGGGACUGAUGCCCAUGGUUGAGAAGCUGGGCAUGACUGCGGAGCAGGUGAGGGACCUUUGCAAUCGCGCAGUGGAAGAAAACACGAAGCUUCGGUAUCACGGCUACUGCACAAUGUAA